UCUUGGGGCGGAGUCUUAAGGGCCCAGGGCCCGGUGAUUGGGCUGGGCUCUCACCUGGCCCGGUGGCAGGGGCCCGGAACCGUCCGUAGAACCUCAGGCUUGAGUCCGGCAGCAGCCUCUCGGGAGCUCCGUGAGUCCAGACCCAGACGGUCAAGGGCGAAGGCAGGUCUCUAUCAGCACUGUAUUUCCAGGUCUAGAACAGCACAAAAUCCUGACCAGGCCACGGAGACCCUGUGAGGUGGAGAGAGUGACCCCUUGCUUCACUCCUCCCCAGAGUGGGAUUUCACCACCAGAUACUUGAGACAGGUCUGCGUGAUAAUCAAGGGAGUCCCAAAAUGUGGAAGACUGAGGCCUGUUGAAAGUGCAGAGCUGAGCCCCAACAUUCAUUGCCCCCAUAAGCUUCAUGCAGGUGCCACAGAAUGGAGAGGACUUUGCCAGCCAACCCUGGUACCACGGCCUCCUGUCCCGCCAGAAGGCAGAGGCUCUUCUUCAGCAAGAUGGUGACUUCUUGGUCCGUGCGUCUAGGACCUGUGGGGGCCACCCUGUGAUCUCCUGCCGCUGGCGGGGCUCUGCCCUGCACUUUGAGGUGCUUCGUGUGGCCUUGCGUCCCCGGCCAGGCCGGCCCACAGCCCUCUAUCAGCUGGAGGAUGAGCGCUUCCCAAGCCUGCCUGCCCUGAUUCGCAGCUAUGUGCAUGGCCAGCGUCCACUGACUCAGGCUACAGGGGCUGUGGCCUCCAGCCCGGUGAUGCGGCAAGGGCCUAUUCCACGCAGCUUUAGUGAGGACACCCUCUUAGAGAGCCUGUCUCGGACAGAGCUACUCAGGGCUAGGAAGUGGAGUGACAGUCAGCCUGCAGGUUUGGAACACGUGGGGUGGUCAAGAGAAGGCCACUCUGACCCAGGAGCCUCCCCUGGGUCCACACUUGCCCUGACUUGCAUGGGUAGUGACCCUGAGCUGCUGAAGCCCCCAGCUCUCCUGGGCUCCAUCGCUGACAGCCUCAGCGCCUCAGAUGGGCAGCUUCAUGUUAAGACGCCAACCAAGCUAACUCGAACGUCCUCACUGGUGCUGCCCGAUGCCUCUGAACAGCCCCCAACUUACUGUGAGCUGGUGCUCCGCGUGCCCAGCGCCCAGGGAACACCCCCUGGCCUCCAAUGCCCACAGCCAGAAGCCCCCUGGUGGGAGGCCCAGGAGAAGGAGAAGGAGGAGGAAGAGGAGGAGAAAAGUUUUGCAAGACCACAGGCAGACAUCUCUUUCUGCCACCCCGGCAAAUCCUCUGGCCUUCUGGGCCCCCAGAAUCGGCCCCUGGAGCCCAAAGUUCUGAAUACUCUCCGAGGCCUAUUCCUGGAGCACCAUCCGGGGAGCACUGCCCUCCACCUGCUCUUGGCAGACUGCCAGGCUGCUGGCCUGCUGGGAGUGACCCAGGCUCAGCGGGAUGCCAUGGGGGUUGACUCCGGCCUGGAGCUGCUCACACUUCCCCAUGGCCAUCGUUUGAGGUCAGAGCUGCUGGAAAGGCACGAGGUGCUGGUGCUGGCUGGCGCGCUGGCGGUGCUGGGUUGCACGGGGCCGCUGGAGGAGCGCACGGCCGCCCUGAGGGGCCUGGUGGAGCUGGCCUUGGCGCUGCGGCCCGGGGCGGCGGGGGACCUGCCCGGACUGGCCGCUGUCAUGGGCGUCCUGCUCAUGCCCCAGGUGUCCCGGCUGGAACAAACGUGGUGCCAGCUCCGAAGGAGCCACACCGAGGCCGCAGUGGCCUUCGAGCAGGAGCUGAAGCCGCUCAUGCGGGCGCUGGAUGAGGGCGCGGGACCCUGCGACCCCGGCGAGGUGGCGCUGCCUCACGUGGCCCCCGCGGUGCGCCUGCUGGAAGGCGAGGAACUCCCUGGGCCGCCGGAGGAGAGCUGUGAGCAGCUGCUGCGCACCCUGCAGGGGGCGCGUCAGAUGGCCCGGGACGCACCCAAGUUCCGCAAGGCCGCGGCCCGGCGCCUGAAAGGAUUCCGGCCGAACCCGGACCUGCAGGAGGCCCUGACCACUAACUUCCUGCGGAGGCUGCUCUGGGGGAGCCGGGGUGAGGGUGCUCCGAGGGACAGUCGUCUGGAGAAGUUCCGGCAGGUGCUCAGUGUCCUGUCCCUGCGCCUGGAGCCUGACUGCUGAGAGCCAGACCCCCUUUCUCACACGGGGAUGCUCAGACUUCUGGUGACCCCAGCAGGACACCUGGGAAAUCACCCCCAGUUUGCUCACUGAGCCAAACAGGGUGAGGACCCACACCCUGGCUUGCAGAAGGGGGGGUCAGAUUUGCAAAAGCCCACCCUGCCCCCUAAAAAUAUACAGGGAUCCUGGGGUGAGGGGCAGCCUCCCCCCCAUCCCUACCCUCACCCCUAAGCCACAGGAGACCCAGGCCCGUGGAGGCGCUGGCUGCCCUCUCCCGGCCCCACCCCCACCCCCAUCCCACAAAUGGUGAAUGUGUAGCUUCUCAUGAUAAGAGAACUGGAAGCUCUGUGCCAGGCCAGAGUUCAAAUGCCUCUCAGAAAGCUGUGACUGCCAGCAGGCUGCCUGGCUUCUUUGUGCCUGCCUUCCACGUAGAGUGAGCCCGAACUUCCCAGGCGUUGUCAUGGGAAUGAAAGCUCGAUAUUUACGUGGGAUAAUGGGUGGGGGAUGCAUGGCACACAGCAGGUGCUCAACAGACGCUACCUGUUCUCAGGAAGUCGCUGUGAACAUGGGAGGGAGGUUGGCCACCCUUCUCCCUACACUGGUUGCAGACAAGGGCCCAGUUCUCAGGAACAGAGUGUGUCCAAAGUGUGCCCUAAUCCCCCUUCCCUUCCUCGUACCCCGGGUGGCCUGUGAGGAGGGUGGCAUUUGAAUAUCUAACCCCACUAUCUAAACCUCCUAAUAAAGCAUGGAAUCCAA